UAUAUAGGUUAAAGGCCUUCAGGAACUCUUGGUAUAUAUAUCGCUAUUCAAGACCUGCCAGUUACUUUCAACAUCUUUUUUUUCCCUUCCUGUCCUAAUUCCAUCCUCAAAUCCAUGAAGGGAACUUGCUUUCUUAAUUUCAUGAAAAUGAAAUAGCCGUACGCAGUGGAGCUGAGCUGUGGUAGACCAACGAUCCCUUGUUUGUUCUUUCUAUAAAAUACGACACCACGCAAUUCCAUAUAGCGAUGCCGGCAGUUACAUGUGUGUAUAUAUACAUAUAGAUAUAUCUUCCACCAAGAACCAGCCUGACUCUUCCUCUCUUUCAGAUAUCAUAGAGACUUGACUUCAGCUUCCUACCUGCGCAUAUACAAUAUGGUGGUUUAUCAUCAAUCUAGCAGCCAAUCUAUGCUGGGCAAGCUCGGAUCAGGAGUGGUUGCCUUAUCGAUAUGCUUCUUCUUCUUCUUCUUGCGAUUGGUGUCAAAUGCUGAUGCUGCUGGUCGUCCAAUCAACAUGGGAAAGCAAUAUUCCAAUUCAAGUCAUGAUGAUCGUCAGCUUUCUCGGAUGAGGGGUCUUUCUGCAAAUGGACUCGGUCUUGCACCACCCAUGGGAUGGAAUAGUUGGAACCAUUUUCACUGUAACAUUGAAGAGAAAUUGAUUAGGGAUACAGCGGAUGCAAUGGUUUCAUCUGGCCUUGCUGCUCUAGGAUAUGAACACGUAAAUUUAGACGAUUGCUGGGCUGAACUUAACAGGGACUCUGAGGGAAACUUGGUUCCAAAAGCUUCGACGUUUCCCUCGGGAAUAAAAGCGUUGGCAGAUUAUAUACAUGGAAAAGGGUUGAAGCUUGGAAUUUACUCCGAUGCUGGGAGUCAGACCUGCAGUGGAACAAUGCCUGGAUCAUUAGGCCACGAGGAACAAGAUGCAAAAACGUUUGCUUCCUGGGGAGUGGACUACUUGAAGUAUGAUAACUGUAACAAUGAUGGUACAAGCCCAAAGGAGAGAUAUCCAGUAAUGAGUAAGGCCUUGUUAAAUUCUGGAAGGCCCAUCUUCUUUUCACUGUGUGAAUGGGGGCAGGAAGACCCAGCAACUUGGGCAUCGAAUGUUGGAAAUAGUUGGAGAACAACAGGAGACAUUUCUGAUAACUGGGAUAGCAUGACAUCCCGUGCAGAUCAAAACGAUCAAUGGGCGUCUUAUGCUGCACCUGGAGGUUGGAACGAUCCUGACAUGCUUGAAGUUGGAAAUGGAGGCAUGACAACAGAGGAAUAUCGCUCACAUUUCAGCAUAUGGGCGUUAGCCAAGGCUCCUCUUCUCAUUGGAUGUGAUGUUCGAACAAUGAGUGAUGAAACAAUUGAGAUAUUAAGCAACAGGGAAGUUAUUGCAGUUAAUCAAGAUAAGCUUGGAGUGCAGGGGAAAAAGGUUAAGAAUAAUGGAGAUUUAGAGGUGUGGGCUGGCCCUCUUAGCAAUAAUAAGAUAGCGGUGGUGCUAUGGAAUAGAGGUUCCUCAAGAGCUACAGUUACUGCUUACUGGUCUGACAUAGGCCUUGAUCCAACGACUACUGUCAAUGCUAGAGAUUUAUGGGCGCACUCCAAUCAGCCAUCAGUUAAAGGACAGAUAUCAGCUGAUUUGGAUUCCCACGCUUGUAAAAUGUAUGUCCUGACUCCCCAGUAGCGAUCACAUUGCUGUGAUCGGAAUGCAUGGAAGAGCUGGCCUGGCUAGAAGAAAGGAAGAUAAGAGGAAGAGGAAAAGAGUUGAAUUGUAGCAGCAUUCACUGUAUUAGCUCCUUUGCCUUGCGUGUUUAAAUAAAUAGUUGACCCGUUUCAUGGACUUUUUUGUUGUGUAUCAAUUUCUUUAUUUUACUUCGUUAAAAUUUAUUAGUUUGAUGUUUUUUUAUUAUUACUUUCUAUCAUAAACAAUGAGAUUGUCCUCGAUGCAUCAAAUCAAAUUAAUGCAGAAGAAGUUAUUUGAUUUGGAUUA